CACUAUCAUAAUCAUGUCGCUACGACGCAAGUCUUGCAACGCCUGCUUCAAGGGUCGAAGAAAGUGUAACCUUGCAUAUCCAGUCUGUGAGAACUGUAGGAACACAAAGAAAGACUGUCGAUAUGCAUACCCACCAAGCCCAGCGAAGCGCACCGGCGAGCCACCAACUGCGCCGGACGAAGCAGCCGCCUCGCCCACAAUGAGCCACGAUGCGACCACCACCGGUCUAGCCCUGGAGCUUUUGGAGCCAUCUGUCGUCGCUUACCCCAGGUCAUUCGGACAAGACCUACGGCUACAGCUUCCCCCGGAAUCCACACCAGACUUCAUGCCCGAGUACAUCUCCUUCUCGGCCACCUCAAAGCUUGUCGGCACACUCGGCGAAGUCCAUCCGAUGCAAGGCACCACGCGGUCCUGGCAAUGGGUGAUGGACGAGCUGAAAUCGUAUCCCCGGGAAUUCGCCCACCGGGGCGAGACCAUCUUCAUCCACCGCGAUCUGUACCGCGACGAGGUGCCACAGCCCAUCCGCACAGCCUUUGGCGUCUGCUCCUCGUUUUCUCUCCUCACCGAGACCAACCGUGAGAUGACCUUUCGCGUGCUCGAACAUGAAGUCCUCGAGCUACUCAAGCCCACCGAACCAAGCUUGGGCUUGAGCUCUGCUGCCGCUGCUGCUGCUCCUUCGAGGCUCGCGGCGCUCCGCAGCGAGCUCGCGCGGCUACAGGCACUGCUGCUCUGCCAGACCCUCCGUCUCUUCCACGGCAACCUGCAGCAGCGCAUCAGCGCCGAGCAACAGGGGUCAGUCCUCAUGACCUCCGCGCUGAAGCUCGUCGUCAGCGCGCAAUCCGAGCCUGAGCUUCAAAGGCCGAAGACCCGGUAUAAUUGGGCUCUGGGCGAGUGUAUUCGGCGCACGGCGCUUCUGAUUUACUUUCUUUAUGGGGUAAAUUCGGUUUAUAAAGAGGGUAUCUGUGUGGGAUUGCAUACUUUGCGGCAACUGCCCCUAUCGGCGGGGGUAUCUGCUUGGGAUGAGAGGGGGGACUGGGGAGGUCGGGAUGAACUACAGUGUGCGCAGUGGGAGGCGGUAGAGACGCAUCCGUACGAGGCAUUCCUAGCGCGUUGGCUGGUUUCGAUGCCACGGCGGCUGGAUCGGUUCGAGAAAUUGCUGAUUGUUCCGUGUCAGGGACUGGAGGCUGCUGAGGCGUUUGAGGAAUUGGGGGUGUUGGUGGCGUAG